ACGAUUUUUUUUUGAGUUUUGUGGCCCAAGCCCAAUCCACUACUGUUCUAAAAAGAAAAUCCGGGAAACACACCAUCCGUUAAAAUUCGUCUUCUUCUUCCUCUAGCUGCAAAACCAUUUUUUUCUCUCUGGCUCGUCAGGUUUCUUGAUCUAUUGUUCUAGGGUACUACUGCUCUGCACUGUUCCUUAUGUAGGAACCUGGCCAUGGACCAUGGAGGGAUGGAGUGAAACAUGUCCCCUCCGAGAAACCUCAGAUUGUCAGACUGCGGCAAGUCUGCGACAACGCGGGGGAGAUCAAGCACAGUGCAUUUCAAGCUUGGGAACACCUCCAAGAUGAGCUUAGCAAUCAUUCCGGUGCCGCCUCCGACAUCAACUAAAGUUUUUAGCCCUUCAAAGACAUGGCCACAGUCCUUUAACACGAAGCAUGCCAUCCUCGUGUUACUAGACAUCGCCUCGUUGAAGGCAGUGCUAAGCCCUGGAUUUGUGUCGCAAAGGUUCCAGAAAGGAACCCCAUUGGCGAUCUCAAAUGGGCCCAACUCGUCUUUUCUUGAAAGCCAGUCGGUCAACACAUGCCACGGGCCCAACGUCACCUGUUCCGUCAUGAUGAGGACGAAAGGGGAAAGAUUUGGAACUUGAUUUUUGAGAAGUAGCCUUGAAGAAGCUGUGAGAACAUAUCCUUCUUCUUCGUCUUCUUCGUUGAUCUUUCUUGAAUCGAAGAAGCCGUUGUGAGUUAAGAGGCGCAUGAGGCUACGAAUGAAGUGCGAUUUCGCGGGCGCAAGUUUGAGGGCUGAAAGAAGGUGGGGAACGGUGAUUGGCUUGCCGUGGGCGUGGAUUAUGUCUGGAAUGUUUAGCUGAAUGGCUAAGCAAAGAACCAUGGAGUUUACGUAGCCGAAUGUGUACCGGUAGAUAUGAGCCUGGGCUUGAAGCAUUUCCAUGGUGGCUUCUGGUCUACUGUUGGCUUCCAUUAAAGGAGAAAUGAGAGAGAUUGUAGAAGACAGAAGAUUUUGAGUAAUUAGAGAAAGUAGCUGUAUGUUAAUAUAAUGCUCUGAUUAUA